AUGUCUGAUUGGGAUACAGUGACCGUCUUAAAAAAGCGGGCCCCAAAGGCUUCGGUAAUGAAAACCGAACAGGCCGUCAACGCUGCGAGGCGACAGGGUAUCGCGGUGGACACACAACUAAAAUGGGGUGCCUCCAGUAAUAAACAACACGUAACGACCAAAAACACAGCGAAAUUGGACAGGGAAACUGAAGAGCUGAAACACGAAUCCAUUCCUUUGGACGUGGGCAAACUGAUCCAGCAAGGCCGGCAAGGCAAAGGCAUGAGCCAAAAAGAUCUGGCCACGAAAAUAAAUGAAAAACCUCAAGUUAUCACUGAUUAUGAGGCCGGCAAAGGAAUUCCCAAUAACAUCAUCCUGGGAAAAAUUGAAAGGGCCAUUGGCUUAAAAUUGAGAGGCAAAGAUAAGGGCAAACCACUACUACCCCCUGGGAACAAGAAUUAG